AUGUGUCCAGCGGCUGGGGCGAUGGCUGAUGGUGUGGGGAGGAUCCGAUUCGCGAAGCAGAUGAGGUUCAGGGGUGUGCGGAAGAGGCCGUGGGGGAGGUUCGCGGCGGAGAUAAGGGACCCCUGGAAGAAGACGCGCGUCUGGCUCGGCACAUUCGACUCCGCGGAGGACGCAGCUCGGGCCUACGACGCCGCUGCGCGCGCCCUCCGGGGGCCCAAAGCGAAGACCAACUUCUUGGCAACGGCGGGUGCGUCGCCAGCGGGUGCCGCUGGGCCGAUCCUCUCCCCCUUUGGCUUUUCUCCCCAACAGCAGCAUCUCUCCUUGCAGCAGCGACGGAGAUACGCACCGGUGCAGAAUCCGCGGCCCCUGCCAACCACGAGCAGUCACAGUAGCACCGUAGAAUCCUUCAGCGGGCCGCGGCUCUCCACCGCCGUGCCUCCGCAGCCCUCCUCCAUCAGGCGAUUAGCGAUCCAGCAGUCCCCUUCGCCGCCCCGGGCGCUCAAUGGGGACGAGUGCCACAGCGACUGCGGCUCCUCUUCCUCCGUCGUGGACGACGGAGACAUCGCCUCGUCGCCGUUCCCAACGCAGCAGCCGCAGACUCCGACGCUGCCUUUCGAUUUGAACCUCGUCCCGCUGGCGGAGGAUGACUACCAAUACACGGCUCUCCGCCUCUGA